AUGAAGCCUUUUUCUCUCAUGUUACCUGCAUUUUGCUCUACAUUCCUUCACCUAUUUUUUCUCUUUACUCUAAACUCAUUGUGGUCUGGCCCAGAAACAACUGCCUCUGCAUCGGGAAAUAAAACUGAUCACUUGGCAUUGCUCAAAUUCAAGGAAUCAAUAUCCAACGACCCAUAUGGAAUCUUGGUCUCUUGGAAUAGUUCUACCCACUUCUGCAACUGGCAUGGAAUCACAUGCAGCCCCAUUCAUCAAAGAGUUACUGAGUUGAACCUACAAGGCUAUCAGUUGCAUGGAUUCAUAUCUCCACAUGUUGGAAAUCUCUCUUUUCUUAUAAACCUCAACCUUAGAAACAAUAGCUUUUAUAGAAAAAUCCCGCAAGAAUUGGGUCGAUUGUUACAACUGCAGCAACUCAAACUCACCAAUAACUCUUUGUCAGGGGAAAUUCCUAAAAAUUUAACAAGUUGCUCUAAUCUCAAAGGCUUAUUCUUACCUGGGAACAAUCUAAUUGGAAAAAUACCAAUUGAAAUUGCCUCUCUUCAGAAGCUCCAGCAAUUGUACAUGUCGGUAAACAAUUUAACCGGAGGAGUCCCACCAUUCAUUGGGAAUCUUUCAUCCCUAACCAUUCUCUCGGUGGUACGUAAUAACUUAGAAGGAGGUAUUCCAGAAGAAAUAUGCCGCCUCAAAAACUUGACAGUUAUAGCAAUGGCUACGAACAAAAUGUCAGGUACAUUUCCUUUUUGUCUUUACAAUAUGUCAUCACUUACAUAUAUCACAGCAGCAGAGAAUCAAUUUAAUGGCUCUCUUCCACCAUACAUGUUCUUCACCCUUCCAAAUCUCCACUUUUUUGGAAUUGGCGUGAAUCAAAUCUCAGGUCCAAUCCCCACUUCCGUUGCAAAUGCUUCUGAACUUCAAGGACUUGAUAUCGGGGAAAACCAUUUUGCGGGGCAAGUUCCAAUUUUGGGGAUGUUACAAGAUCUUGAAUUCCUACGUUUGUCUCAAAACAAUCUAGGUGAAAAUUCAACCAUGGAUUUGGAGUUUAUAAAAUCAUUGACAAACUGUAGUAAGUUGCAACAUUUAGGUAUGUAUGGAAAUAAUUUUGGAGGUCAUUUGCCAAAUUCAUUGGGAAAUUUAUCCAGCCAUGUCAGUGAACUAUAUCUUGGGGCUAAUCAAAUAUCAGGAAAAAUUCCCGCGGAAUUAGGAAAUCUAAUUAGCUUAUAUCUCUUGGACAUGCGACAUAACCAUUUUGAAGGGAUUAUUCCAUCUGCAUUUGGGAAGCUCCAGAAUAUGCAACUUUUAGAUUUAGAAGAAAAUAAGUUGUCAGGAGAUAUACCAACCUCAAUAGGCAACCUCAGUCAGUUAUUUCAUUUGGGUUUGGGACACAAUUUUUUAGAAGGAACUAUUCCUCCAAGUAUAGGAAACUGUCAAAAGUUACAAUAUCUAAAUCUUUCCCACAACAAUCUUGGAGGAACCAUUCCCUUAGAGGUUUUUAGUCUUUCCUCUUUAACAAAUUUACUAGAUUUGUCACAUAACUCAUUGAGUGGUAGUCUACCAGAUGAAGUGGGCCAAUUGAAAAAUGUUGAUGUCCUAGAUUUCUCUGAGAAUCAACUAUAUGAUAAUGUUCCUGGAACCAUUGGAGAAUGCUCAAGCUUGGAGUACCUUUAUUUUCAAGGCAAUUCCUUCCAUGGUAUCAUACCAUCCUCUUUGGCUUCACUAAAAGGUCUUCGACAUUUAGACCUAUCAAGAAAUCACUUGUCUGGAUCAAUUCCUGAUGUUUUGCAAAAUAUUUCCUUCUUAGAAUACUUGAAUGUAUCAUUUAACAUGUUGGUUGGUGAGGUACCAACUGAAGGUGUCUUUCGAAAUGCAAGUGGGUUAACAGUUACCGGAAACAACAAGCUUUGUGGAGGUGUUUCAGAGCUGCAUCUACCGCCUUGCCCUGUUAAAGGUGAUAAACAUGCAAAACACCAUAAUUUCAGGUUGAUAGCAGUGAUAAUUAGUGUAGCUACUUUUCUUCUCAUACUAUCAUCCAUUCUUACUUUCUACUGGAUAAGAAAAAGAAGCAAGAAAUCAUCUUCUGAUUCACCAACAAUUGACCAGCUGGCCAAGGUUUCAUACCAAAACCUACAUUAUGGAACUGAUGGGUUUUCAACAAGAAACUUGAUAGGAUCUGGAAGUUUUGGCUCUGUGUACAAAGGAACUAUUGAGCCAGAAGACACAGUUGUUGCCAUAAAGGUCCUAAAUCUUCAAAAGAAGGGAGCUCACAAGAGUUUCAUUGCUGAAUGUAAUGCACUCAAAAAUAUUAGGCAUCGAAAUCUAGUUAAGAUUUUAACAUGUUGUUCCAGCAUAGAUUUUAAAGGUGAAGAAUUUAAAGCUCUUGUUUUUGAGUACAUGACAAAUGGAAGCUUAGAAAGUUGGUUGCAUCCAGCAACAAAAAUUGCACAUCAGCCUAGAUCAUUAAACCUUGAAGAAAGGUUAAAUAUUAUUACUGAUGUUGCUUCAGCAGUUCAUUAUCUUCACCACGAAUGUGAGCAAGCUAUCAUUCAUUGUGAUUUGAAGCCUGGCAAUGUUCUUCUUGAUGAUUGCAUGGUAGCUCAUGUAAGUGAUUUUGGCCUAGCAAGAUUGCUCUCAAGUGUUGGAGUCUCUCUGAUGCAAAGUAGCACAAUUGAAAUACAGGGAACAAUUGGUUAUGCUCCUCCAGAGUAUGGAAUGGGUUCAGAAGUGUCAAUUGAAGGCGAUGUGUAUAAUUUUGGAAUUCUGAUUUUAGAAAUGUUGACUGGAAGGAGACCCACUGAUGAAAUGUUAAAAGAUGGUCAUACUAUCCACAAUUAUGUUAAAAUUUCAAUUUCCAAUAAUUUUGUGGAGAUUGUAGACCCAACUAUUCUCCCCACUGAAUUAGACCGGACUACUGAGAGAGAAAACCUCGGUCUUAUGCAUCCUAGUGUAGAGAAAUGUUUACUCUCUCUUUUUAGGAUUGCACUUGCUUGUUCAAUGGAAUCACCAAAAGAAAGAAUGAAUAUGAUUGAUGUCACCAAGGAACUUAAUAUGAUCAAAACUUUCUUCCCUUAUGGGAUUUAGUGGAGGUGAGCUGCAUUACAACCACAUAACAGAUGAUGGAGAGGAGCCACCUUACUGUUGCUACCCAUCAAUACUAGCAGAUGUUUCAAAUCCUUUCCUGGUCCUGUUAUCUCUUAUCUAAAUGUUUUCCAUGUAGAAGUUCGUCAAUUUACUUAAAAAAAAUAAAAAAAUAGAUUUUGAACAGUUGUUAAGUUUUUAAUUUAUCAAUUUGAUUCCAGCCUCCGUGCACGCUUGUUAU